AGUGUACAGGCAGCCCCAGGAGCAAAGAUAAACCUGGAGACUAACCAUGAAUGAUCUAGACAAGGUUGAAUCUAUUCUCUUCUCUCAAGAGAAAAGGUUCAGGUUAGUGGAUAUUCCUGGAGCAGGGAGAGGUCUCAUCUCAACCUCUCUUAUCCAACCAGGAGAUAUCAUCCUCAGGGAUAAACCUGUGAUAUUAGGACCUGGAGUAGCAGAGGACGGAACCUAUUGCUCUGGUUGUGGAGAUAUCUCCGGGUCAAAUCUAAACCUGAUGGAGAACUGUUCCUGUGGUUUAAGGUUUUGUUCCGUAUCUUGUAAACAGAGCUGGCAUACUGAAGAGGAAUGUAGAAUAGUUUCAAGCAUACCAGAACCUAAACCUAAUCAAAACUACUGGUUAAUAACUCUACGAGGAUUAGUAUCAGAAGAUCCAAGGAUUGGAUUCCUUCAAGAGCUCACAGUGCAGGAGGGAGCAGGCCGGAGUAAGGAAGAAGAUGAAGUAGUUAAACUUCUCUCUUCAUUCGGAUUCAAGGAGAAAUCUAUCCUGACAGUUUACAGACAGUUGACCGCCAAUACAUUCCGACGAGGGCGUGGCCGAGGUCUGUGUGCAGGCGUGGCAAUGGUCAACCAUUCAUGUUCUCCCAACUCAAGGGUUUGGUGGGACGAAUCUGGAUCUCUUGUUCUCAGUGCCAGGGUUAAAAUUACUCCUGGAGAUGAGAUAACCCUAACCUAUUGUUCACCACUCCUGGGUCAACCGAGCAGAAGAAACAAGCUUCUUCAAUCCAAAGGAUUUAUUUGUAGGUGUCCAAGAUGUCAGGAUGGUACAGAACUAGGGACAUAUAUGAGUAGUAUCCGAUGUACCAAGUGCAAGCCAGGAUUAAUUUGUCCUGUUGGAUUGGAUGAGGACAAAUUAGGUUGGAUUUGCUCUUCAUGUGGUUUCAAACCUAACCCAGAGAAGGUUUCUGGAUUGCUGAAGAAGGUUGAGGAUGAACUGUAUGGGCUGGAGAAGGAGAAGGAUCCAGGACGUAAACUCCUCCUCAUCCAACAAUAUAUUGAGAAGAAUAAGAAACUGUUUAGCUCCGACCAUUUUCUUCAGCUUAGAGCAGGAGAUCUAAUGGUCGGACUGAUGAACAAAUUAGCUCCAAGUACCAGCUGUAUCCAGACUAAAGAAUACUACACAAGGCAAACAUUAAAGGUUUUAGAAACUUUGGAUCCUGGGUUGUCAAGGUUCAAAGGUUUUCAACUCUUUAAACUUUAUCAAAUUCUAUUUGAAAAGAUUGUACACUCCGCUCAAGGAUCUCUAAAAGCAGAAGAACAGUUCCAGCUGGUUCAGGAUAUGCAAACCAGUCUCCUAGAAUCCAAGUUUUUACUCUCCGGAGAUAGGUUUGCUCCACCGGAGAUAGUGGAGAAUGCAAACCUUCUCGUUCGAGCCUUGAACCAGGAGCAAGUAGAACAAAUACAAGACAAAAUAAAUCAAAAAUACAAAAUAGUUAAAUCUGUUUAUCAAUGUAUCUAAAACUAUGGUAAAUAUACAAUAUUUG